AUGGACAGGAGUGAACAACCCAUGGGCUUAGGUGCAGUAGCGCCUGAAGUUAGCUCAGGUGGGAAUAACCAAGGGGACUUAAGUAAUAAGGAAAUCUUGCAGACAUUAAUCUCUUGCAGCCUCAAAGGCUUGAUGCCCAAGCAGGAUAUGGCUAAGUUUGAUGGAGAUUAUACAAAGUACUUUAGGUUCAUCCGCUCAUUCGACGACAUAUUUAGCAGCCAGCUGACAAAUGAUAAGGAAAGGCUCAGGUAUCUGGAUUUAUACACAACAGGUAGGCCAAAUGAGAUAGUGGCAGCUUGCCUCCACUUAGAUGCUUCAGAGGGCUAUAGGCAGGCAAGAAAAUUGCUGGAGGAGCGAUACGGCAACCUUGAGCAAAUAGCCACCGCAUACGUGGAUAAGGUAAUCGAAUGGAAGGACAUGGGGGAGAAUAAUGCAGAGGACUUUGAUGAGUAUGCGGUGAAUGCUAAAAACCUGCAGAAAUGCAUUUCGUGCGUCCCUUAUGGUGUCGCCGAAUUGCAGAACCCAAAAACAAUGAGGUUGAUCCUGAGCAAAUUCCCAUCUAGUGUGCGGGACCGAUGGUGUAGAGUUGCCGACAAGAUAAUUAGUGAGAAGAAGCAGACCAUACAGUUUGAUGAUUUAGUUAGUUUCAUUGAAGGGGAGGCUAGGGUCUUAAAAAAUCCCUUGUUUGGACGCCACCUGUUUGAGAGUGGUAAAAAGGGGACCACCCCUGGGUUAGGAGAGGGUUCAGCACCAAGCAAAUCACAGGGUUUAACGAGUGCAAGGAAAGUUUCAUGUAACAAAAUUGGGGAGGCUCCACUUUCAUGUUGGCACUGUAAAGGACCACAUAUAAUAGAUGAAUGCGACCAAAUAGCUAAAAUGGGACAUGAGGACAAACUAAACACCAUUAAGGAAUUGAGGCUUUGUUUUAGUUGUUUGAGAAAUGGUCAUAUGUCCCAGUAUUGCAGGUACAGGAAAAGGUGCAAUGUGUGUAACAAAACCAUCCAACUCUGUUGCACCGACACCAGGAAGCAGAAGUGGUGGAACCAGAGAGCGCAAAUAGGGCCUUAGUGGUUCAGGGGGAAGGUACACAUGACAAAAUUGCUAUGUUCAGAGCAGUUAAGGGGGGUAGUGCUGGCACAGGGAUGUCAGUUGUGCCCAUAAGGGUUAGGUCAAGGGAAGGAAGGGAGGUUGUG